UGGGAUUAUGCCAGAUCAAACAGGGGGUUGCUCCACUAGCCGAGUGACAAUAUAUAUACAUCUGUCCCUUAGCCUCAGCCACAUCUCCUCAACCAGUCACAUCUGGAAAGGAACUAACAGCCCAAGCACGAUGAAGUCUUCCAUUGCCUUCAUUUUUUGCUUCUUGAUCCUGGGCGUUGACAGCCAAAGGUGGUUCCAGUUCAUGAAAGAAGCUGGUCAAGGGACUAGAGACAUGUGGAGAGCUUACUCUGACAUGAGAGAGGCCAAUUGGAAAAAUUCAGAUAAAUACUUCCAUGCCCGGGGAAACUAUGAUGCUGCCCAAAGAGGCCCAGGAGGAGUCUGGGCUGCUAAAGUGAUCAGUGAUGCCAGAGAGGGCAUUCAGAGGUUCACAGGACGUGGAGCAGAAGACUCAAGAGCUGACCAGUUUGCCAACGAAUGGGGCCGGAGUGGUAAAGACCCCAACUACUUCCGACCUGCUGGCCUGCCUAGUAAAUACUGAGUUUUGUCUUCAUGUUGUUCCCAGCCAUGCAGCCCCCAAGGAAAGAGGCAACUGCUGAAUUGAGUUAGUUCCUAAAAUCUGGGUGUCCAAGCACCCCAAUAUAUUAAAUAAAUAAUUGUGAAAUGCCA